GGCGGCGGCGGCGGCGGCGGCCCCGCCACCUCCCAACGGGGCGGGCGGCGCCGGGGACGCGCCCGCCAAGAGCGAAGGUGAACGACCGAGUCAGAAUGAGAAAAGGAAAGAGAAGAGUGUGAAAAGAGGAGGAAACCGCUUUGAGCCAUACGCUAAUCCUGCCAAGAGAUACAGAGCUUUCAUUACAAAUAUUCCAUUUGAUGUGAAGUGGCAGUCUCUGAAAGAUCUGGUCAAAGAGAAAGUUGGUGAGGUAACAUACGUGGAGCUCUUAAUGGACGCUGAAGGAAAGUCAAGGGGAUGCGCUGUUGUUGAAUUCAAGAUGGAAGAAAGCAUGAAAAAGGCUGCAGAGGUUUUGAACAAGCAUAGUCUUGGUGGAAGACCGUUGAAAGUGAAAGAACUUAGAACCUGUAGCUACAUCAAAGGCCCAAUUAAACAAAAAUCAAGAGAGACUUCUUCAGUGUUAACAGUGACUCUUGGCCGUAGGGAUCCUGAUGGCGAGCAUGCCAGGAGAGCAAUGCAGAAGGUCAUGGCAGCUGGUGGAAUGGGUAUUGGCCCAGGCCCUGGUGGCCCUGGAAUGAUCAAUAUCCCACCUAGUAUACUCAACAAUCCCAACAUACCCAAUGAGAUCAUUCAUGCUUUACAGGCAGGGAGGCUUGGAAGCACUGUCUUUGUUGCAAAUUUGGAUUACAAGGUUGGUUGGAAGAAACUGAAAGAAGUCUUCAGCAUGGCUGGUGCUGUGGUUCGAGCAGACAUUUUAGAAGAUAAAGAUGGCAAAAGUCGUGGAAUUGGCACUGUCACUUUUGAACAAGCCAUAGAGGCUGUUCAGGCUAUAUCAAUGUUUAAUGGGCAGCUGCUGUUUGACAGACCAAUGCACGUAAAAAUGGAUGAACGAGCCUUUCCCAAAGGAGACUUCUUUCCUCCAGAACGACCCCAACAACUUCCUCAUGGUCUUGGUGGUAUUGGCAUGGGAUUAGGACCUGGAGGUCAACCUAUUGAUGCAAAUCAUUUAAACAAAGGCAUGGGAAUGGGCAACAUGGGACCUGGAGGAAUGGGAAUGGAAGGCAUGGGCUUUGGAAUGAAUAAAAUGGGAGGAAUGGAAGGUCCUUUUGGUGGCAUGGAAAACAUUGGUCGCUUUCCAGCUGGAAUGAACAUGGGCAGAAUGAGUGAGAUGGAUCGUGCCAUGGGUGGAGGAUUUGAGAGAGAAUUUGGAAGAAAUGAAAUGGGAAUGUCUCGUAGUUUUGGAGAGACCUUGGAGAGAGGAAUAGGUGGUGGAAAUGCCAGCAUUCCUGGGAUUGAGAGGAUGGCUCCUGGCAUUGAUCGUAUGGGCUCGGGAAUAGAAAGAAUACCUUCUGGGAUGGGUCAUGGGAUGGAGAGAGUAGGGUCAGAAAUAGACAGGAUGGGUCUUGUUUUGGAUCGCAUGAGUUCCAAUGUGGAUCGAAUCGGUUCUGGAAUUGACCGAAUGGCCCCUCUGGGCAUAGAUCACAUUGCUCCUAACAUUGAGAGGAUGGGACCAGCUAUUGAGAGAAUGGGUUCUGGCAUAGAAAGAAUGGGUUCUGGAAUAGGCUUUGGUAUUGAGAGAAUGGGUGCUGCCAUUGAUCGUGUCGGUACCACUAUGGAUAGAAUGGGAUCAGGCGUGGAACGUAUGGGCUCCGGCAUGGAUAGAAUGGGUAUAGGGAUGGAGCGUAUGGUCCCUGCUGGAAUGGGAACUGGAAUGGGUCAGGUCAUAGAGAGAAUGCCUGCUGGUUUGGAUCGCAUAGGUGCCACUCCUAUGGAAAGAAUAGGAAUAGAUCGUAUGGGUGCUGCUAGCAUGGAGAGAAUGGGCUUGGAGCGCAUUGGAGCCACUAAUAUGGAAAGAAUGGGUCCUGCUAUGGGGCAGGGCAUGGGAGCAGGCAUAGAUCGCAUGGGACUUGCAAUGGGAAGCAAUUUUGAAAGAACAAUGGAAAUGGAACGUGGAAACUUUGCAGGCAAUUUUGCAGGCUCCCUUGGAGGAACUGGAGGACCUGCAGCUGGGGUGGCCAGAAAAGCUUGUCAGAUAUUUGUGAGAAAUCUGCCCUUUGAUUUUACAUGGAAAAUGCUGAAAGAUAAAUUUAAUGAAUGUGGUCACGUGCUGUAUGCUGAUAUCAAGAUGGAGAAUGGGAAAUCGAAAGGAUGUGGUGUGGUUAGAUUCGAGUCCCCAGAAGUAGCUGAGAGAGCCUGCCGCAUGAUGAAUGGGAUUCAGCUCCGUGGGAGGGAGAUAGAUGUGCGAAUUGAUAGAAAUGCUUAAGUAGUUGCUUUUUUAACACUGAUACCAGAUUUUUGAAUUUGUAUUUUUCUUGUUAACCAUUUUAAUUUGAAUGGAUGUAAAGGUGUUAAAAUGAUUCAGUUGCUUUCUGGAGUAAUUUUAAUUACUUUUUUAACAAAUGGAUUUCCAUUUUACUGUUUUUUGCAUUGAAACUGCAAUGUGCACAAUCUUUUUUUGUAGUUGUGGCAUCUUGUUGACAUUACAGAUGUAAACAGUAUGACUUUGAUAAUAAAUGCAAGUUAAAGAUUUCA